UGGGCGGGAGUUGACAGUUUUACCCAAUCAGAUCACACACAUACUGCACUGCCCCUCCGACAGUCAGAAACAUGGCGUUACGGGAGCUAUCGUCGCUGGAGAAAUACUUAGGCUUGAAAAAGCCGAACAAGUACAGUACACAGGGGGAUAAAAAGGUACCUGUGCUACAGAAUAGUAAUGGUCCUCCACUGGUGGGGCUGGUGACCAUCGCCUGUCACCUAGUGAAAGAGGCCAAGCGCCCAGAGCUGCUGGGUGACUCUGCAGAGAGCAGGGCUGUGGUGCAGCAGUGGCUGGAGCACAGAGUCACCAAGCUGAACGGCUGCACAAAGGAAGACACCAAGACCAUCCUGAAGGACCUCAACCUCUACCUGCAAGACAAGGUCUACCUGGCUGGCAACCAAUUCACCUUAGCUGAUACUUUUAUGUACUAUGGGAUCCAUCCUCUCCUAGUGGACUUGGCCAUCCAGGAGAAGGAGCAGUUUGUGAAUGUGACGCGAUGGUUCAACCACAUUCAGCACUACCCCGGCAUCCGACACCACCUCCCUCCCGUAGUUGUGCUCAGGAACAGAAUUUACACCGGCAGACACCACUGAGACCUGAUCCCGCCCAACCCAGCCUGACUCGUCACAAGCUCGUCUGUCUUUUAGACCAGACCAAAAUCCAAGAGUGUAUCAUAUCACUGUCGUCAUCAUCAUCACAAUUUGAGUUUCCACAAAGUCACUUCCAUCCUAGAGCUCCUUUUAUUCCUGUUUCUCGGCUCAUGAUCCCUGUCUUUAUGUUUUGCCCUGGUCACAUACCUGAACUCUACCUGUUUAACCAGGAAAAUCAGUAAAGAACAAAAAAAAAACUAAAACCUAACAGUUUUAGUGUAUGAGGUACUGAAACUCUAUUAAGGGAUUGCUUGCUAAUAAAAAUCUAGUUCAGUUCAUAUUCUUUAAAAAAAUGUCUGUUUUUAAUAAUUAUGUAACGGUUGGGAGUGGAAGCAAUAAUCUCUCGGUCAUUCAGUCCUGCUAACACUAUUUAUAAGAAGUUUGGUCUCUUAACCCUUAUUCAGUAACUAGGGAGCAAAGAUGUGAGACAGUUACGUUGGUCUUUUGUGUUUUUUGUUGGGAAUUUUUGUAGUACUUUCCGAAGUCUACAUUUGUAUAGUUGCCUAAAAAAGGGAAGGCUGUGUGGGUUGCGGUGAAGUGAUGUGCUGCUAGCUUGUUUAAAACGUGUUUCUAUUUAUAAAUGGUGGUUAAAUGUUGAUUCUUUGUUUAAUCUGAGCCUUGAACAUUCAAUGCGACAAAGUAUUACAGGUUCAAAGAAGACUUGAGAUGUUACUUAACUGGCAGUACAUUAUGUCCUUAGGAAAAGCAGCUUCCUUCCUGCCAUAUCAGAGCAUUUUCACCAACAGUUUGUUCAAAUAAAUGUGGUUCCUGGUUCUACAUCAUAACCUCAUAAUGACCACAGUCACUGCUGAGUCCAUUUUGUUCUGCCAUUUCUCUGCCCUGAUGAAUAUAGUCGGUCUCUCAGCUCGCGUCCCUAUCAGGACUGUGGUGUUGGGGUUUUUUCUUACGAUUUUAUGCUUUUCACAUGAAACUCUCAGCCAUUUCACUGGACAGUUAAGUUUCUGUGUGUGUGUGUGUUCCCCGCUCUCUGUCCCACUUCCUCACCACCAGUCGUGUGGGCAGCAGUGAGCAGUUGAGCGUCAGCCCCAGAGUCAGAGAUCAGAGUGAGGCUGCAAUCAGUCCCACUACCACCACUGUUGAUGCUGCAGGCCAGAGAGAGGGCAGCGGGCUCACCAGCUGCCACACAGAUCCAGCCAGCCAAGGCCAGAACCCAGGCCCCUGGGUGACAGUCAGCCAGUGUGUGUCAUUUCAACCCUCACGCUCCCACGGGGCUACUGGAGAGAGAGGGACGGGAGGGAGGGAGGCCACAGAGAGAGAAAAAGAGCACCCAGAGGCCGAGGGAUCUUUUUGUGACAUGUGAACAAUGAUCCGUGCGUCUGAAGGCCUUACUGCUGCUGGCUGGAGGUUUGCUAUUAACACCAUUAACAGGUCAAGGCGUGGCAGUGGUGGCAGAACCUGUAAAUUAACAAUAUGACGGUAAUGAUAAAGAACAGUAGGAAAAUGAGGUUAGAUUAGAGAAGCAACUUAUUGAUCAAAGUUCCAAUUUUGCUUGUUUUUGCUGGUGUAUCACACUAUUAAAAGAAACGUGUACACAUUAAAAUCUUUGAGCACGAAAAUUGAUAGUUCUAGUGGAUAAUUCUUAUAAUACUGGAUGCUUUUGUUUGCAUCAAUGCUUCUGUUAUUCUUUACUAUCGUGUUUUAAAAUGCUCCCAUUUCAGCCAUCUGUUUAUUUUACUCCAUCCUAGCAGGCUCUUCAUAUCUUUGUCUGUCGCUUAUAGCUUCAGUGGUUUUGUUAUCUGAUGCAGUCAUGAUGUUCAUCCUGUGCCAAUAAAUCAAAGGGAUACGCA